AUGGGUGCUACUCCUCCAGGAGUUUGCAUUGAGAUAAAAGACAGGAAGGGGUCAGAAAAUCAAGUAGCUAACCAUCUCUCCAGAAUUGAGCCUGAUGCAGGAGUACAACUACCCAUACCUGUAACUGAAUCUUUUCCUGAUGAGCAAUUGUUCCGCAUUCAGCAGGCUCCAUGGUUUGCAGACAUUGCAAAAUACAAAGCUAUGAAUUUUAUUCCAAAAGGGUAUAGUAGGCAACAAGUAAAGAAGCUACUGACUGAUGCAAAGUACUACAUUUGGGAGGAACCGUACCUUUUUAAAAGGGACUCAAGAGCAUUUGUGAAGCACUGUGACAAAUGUGAAAAAGCUGCGAAACUCCCUGCCAACCAUGAAAUGCCACAGCAGGGGAUUCUUGAGGUUGAGUUAUUUGAUGUAUGGAGUAUUGAUUUCAUAGGACCUUUCCCACCCUCACAUUCAAACAACUAUAUUUUAGUGGCAGUUGAUUAUGUGUCCAAGUGGGUAGAAGCUGUAGCUCUACCUACCAAUGAUGCCAAGAUGACAAGUGGGCAGGUUGAAGUUUCCAACAGGGAGCUCAAGAGGAUACUAGAGAAGACCGUAAGUGUUUCAAGAAAGGACUGGUCUAGGAAGCUUGAUGAUGCUCUAUGGGAAUACCGGACAGCUUACAAGACUCCUAUUGGCAUGUCCGCUUAUCAAUUGGUCUAUGGCAAAGCCUAUCACUUGCCAGUCGAGUUGGAGCAUAAAGCUUAUUGGGCAAUCAGGUAUCUGAACCUUGAUUCAGAAGCUGCAGGAAUUAAGCGAAUGCUUCAGUUGAACGAGCUUGAUGAAUUCAGAUACUCAGCCUAUGAGAAUGCCAAGCUCUAUAAGGAGAGAACUAAGCUAUUGCAUGACAAGAAGAUAGCCAUCAGAGUCUUUGAGCCAGGACAGAGAGUGCUUCUGUAUUUAUAA